UUAGUUUUCAAUUUCCAUCGAGCUCAUUCCCAGUGCCAUUCAGAGCAAUGAUCACCUACCACCUAAUCGCUGUACCAAUUUUCCUCAUCGUCUUCGCCCAAGCAUCCGAGGACAUCUACGAAGACAACCUGACUGGCGAUGAGUUCAUCGCCGCCAUCAACGCACGAGCCAAAACCUGGAUUGCUGGAUCAAACCCCAUGCCGGAACCCGUCUACAUGACCAACGUGGCAGAACCGAGCACCGCCGACCUGGCACUGCUGGACACGGAUGACGAACUGCCAUGGGAACUUCUGAGGAACGGCAUCAGCGUGGAUCUACCGGAAAGCUUCGACGCGCGGGACCAUUGGCCCGAGUGUCCUUCGUUGACUCAAAUCCGCAAUCAAGGCUGCUGUGGAUCGUGCUAUGCCACGGCUGUUGCGGCGGCAAUGACCGAUCGGUGGUGCAUACAUUCCAACGGGACGCAGCAGUUCACGUUCAGCACGCAGGACGUGACGAGCUGCUGCCCGACCUGCGGCGAUUGCACCACUGGAUACCCGUAUCGGGUUUUGUUGCACUGGAAGCAGCAUGGUUUCGUGAGUGGCGGGGAGUACAACAGCGAGCAAGGUUGCAGACCGUAUGAGGUUGGACAGUGCAAAGCCGGGGAGCCGGACCCUGAGCAACUGGAGUGCGUGGAGCAGUGUAGGGAAGGUCACCCGGCUAGCUAUAUGGAUGAUAAGCGUUUCGCUAGUCGAGUUUAUAAGGUGGUAGAGGAUGAACAGAUGAUAAGGUUGAAUUUGUUCUCCCGAGGACCACUGUCGACAAGGUUCGAAAUUUACAAUGAUUUCCUUAGCUACAAACAAGGUGUUUAUCAGUAUACAUUCGGGAGACAUCGUGGGUCACAUAUUGUGAAGCUGAUUGGUUGGGGCGAGGAGAAUGGAGUCCUGUAUUGGUUGUGCGCCAACUCGUGGGGGCCGAACUAUGGGGAGCGGGGAUUUUUCAAGAUUUUGCGCGGAGUGAAUCAUUUGGGAAUUGAGGCGCAGGUUUUCGGCGGUAUUCCGAGGUAUGUUUCACCUGAUUUGUCAACCGUUAUGGGAUGGACCAUCGAUGUUCAAGAUUAACCAUUGUGCGUAAGUUAUUAAGUAAAAUAAUCCAUAGUAUUUUUUUAAAUUAUUGGUAAACAAAGACAAUUUUAGGAUGAUAUAACGGGAUCUAAUGAACAAAAGAUGAACUUUGAACCAGGACUGGUAAAUGUCAUUGUAAAUUGUAUAUCUCACGCAAUAUACUUCUGUCACUAUCAUCAUGAGAACACGAUGAUAGAGAUUUUCUUCAAAAUCUCAUGAGAUUUUACUCUUAUGACAUAACGUGACAGCGUUGUGGUGAUCGCAAUUACUAGUUCAUUUAUUGAUAGUAUUGUUAAUUGUGCCACAGAAAUCUAAAAAAAUAUAUUCUCUCUACCGAUUACAUACUGUUGCUUGCCUAAAUUCAUCUACAAGGUGAUUCGGAAUAACUGUCACUUUUUAUAAAUUAUAACGAUUGAUUUUUUAUAGCAGAAUAUUCCAGAUAUACUACAUAAAUAACGUUCAACUUAGCAUACUUUAAUUCAAAUCUCUCUCCCUUUACCUUUGAUUAUCAGUCACAUUUGCCACGAAAAUGAACCACAGCACGUUUUUGUUCCAGCACCUUUGGAGUCCUGAAGUGGUCCUGUGUGAUAUUGAAAAGAUUUUCCACGCAUGGUUCCAUUUUACCUCUAUAAUGAUGCGAAAAAUAAAUGUUUCAUUCAGUCGAAGAGAUUUCACACGAAUUUAUACAGAUUUAUGACAUGCUCCAUUUUCACGUCCAUGGCUGUUUGAAAUCGAAAACGAAUGAAAUUUCAAGUCCUACUAUCAAUGACAUGUUUACACACUUUAAACAAAAAUACA